CUCAGAACAGGCUUCUGAUUUAAGCGGGUGUGUGUGUGUGUGUGUGUGUGAGUGUGUGUGAGAUCACGGUGGUGCAUGACGCAUGACGCAGGGCGGUCACGUUUACCUGGAACAGGUUGGACUGUCACCUGGAUAAAAACUCAUUCCAGUCAAUGUGGGAUUUUUUUAGCGACUGACAGCCGACACAUGGAAAAGCAACAGUUUAAUUCAGGGUUAGUCGAGGCUGAUGUUCCGGCACGUUUUACACUGCAUUGUGAAGUGGGAUCGUUGUGAGCGUGGAGAAAGUGAUAUCACAGCGUCUCGACUGUAAGCGUGAUCAGAAGAGGCGUGGAUGAGCUCCUCCUGAUGGCAGAUAACAUCCCAUUGGGAGUGCUGGAAGCUUGCGUGGUUGUAGGAGCUUCCAGUGAUCGUCUGAAGGAGUUCUGCUUGUCUCAGCUGCAGGGUGGUAAAGAGAAAGAGCCGCUGCUGUUGGACCCUGAGGUUUUGCAGGUCCAUGCCCCACCUUUUGUGACUAAGGAGAGCACAAGCGAUAGUCUAGGUCAUGCCCCAGCCUUCAGCCGGGUCCAGAGAAGGCGCUCAUUCUUAAAAAAGAAAAAAGAAAGACCUAGCGUGUCCUCCAGCAAUGAGACCAAGACCGCCACAGAUGAUCAGAGCGUGCCUAAGGACAUCGAUCUCAUUGCCCUUCCCCAGCUAUGUUUCCCAGGUGGGUUGAGAGUCCUCAGUGAAAGUCAAGAGGACUCUUAUCACUUCCUGGUUUUCACGGACGUCUUUGGGAACCAGACACAUGGAGUUGUUGUUCAGUAUUACAAACCCAUUCAGGUUUCAGUGGAGAGUAUAUCGUACAAAAAUGGCCACUAUUUAUCCAAACCACCAAAGCUUUAUACAGCCUAUGGCAUCUGCCUCAUUUCCAAAUACCCUUACUACAACGCUCUCAGAGACUGCCUGUCAUCGUUCCUGGUCCAGCUGAAGAAUUCCCGGAUGGUUGAGUUCGAGGAGCAGGUGAAAGAAUUCUCAGCCAAAUUGGCACUAGUGCCCAUCCCACCGCCUGGACAACUGCAAGUGGCGUUUAACCUAAAACCCCUGCAGAUCAUUCUUCCACCUAGAGAAGACAUGGACCGUCCAGCUGUGGACCUGGACCUCCAUCUACCAUUUUUGUGCUUUCAACCUGAGCAAAUCUUACAGGUGAUCUGCAGUAUCUUGACGGAGCAGCGGGUUGUGUUCUUCUCCUCGGACUGGGCCAGGCUCACACUGGUGGCUGAGUGCUUUAUGCUGUUCAUCCACCCUCUGCACUGGCAACACCCAUUCGUUCCUAUCCUUUCCCGACAGAUGCUGGACUUCCUCAUGGCUCCCACUGCCUACAUCAUGGGCUGUCACGUCCAGCACCUUGAGGAUGUGGCAGCGGAGAUGGAGGACCUGAUCCUGAUCGAUAUUGAUGAUGGAACGGUGACAUCAUCAUGUGAUGCAGACUUGCCAGAUAUGCCAGUGGCUGCCAAAGAGUGUUUCAAGAGGCGCGUAAAUGAGCUACAGCUUCAUUAUGACCUGGAGUUGUGCAGACACGGCAGCAGCAUGGAUGUAAACGACAUGCGGGCUCGCAGACGCCAGUGGCAACACAAACUCAACUCAGAAAUCUUAAACAUCAGCCUCGAACUCAUCGUCAACAUCUUCAGAGAGGUCCAUGACAACCUCAACUUUGAGCAUCGGGUAUUCAACAGUGAGGAGUUUUUCAGGGCCCAGGACCCAGGAGAUCAGCCAUUUUACAAGAAGGUUUUAGAUACACACAUAUUCCAUUCUUUCCUGAAAGAUUGUUUAAAUAGGAAGACGGGUGCUUUCGCACAGAUGAAGAUAAAUACUCAGUCAGAAGCUUUCAGGCUUAGAACAUACUCCACAGAACAUUCUCCACAGAAGCCGAAUAUGAAGGAUGUGACGCGCAAACCGGAUUACCAGUUGCGUAAGAGGCUAGGUAUGAGUCUGCCCAACCUGGUAGAGGACUUCUCUCUGCUGGUGCCGAUCCGUCAGCUGUCCUUCCAGAAAUCUGACAAGGGAUCCACAUUCAAACCAGUUUUCAAGAUUCCCCCAAAGCCAGUCAAAACAUUCAAACUCCCAGAAUUCCCUCCUCCUCUGGCCUAUCAAUAUGUUCAAUCUUAUUAUUCAGAACUCAUCACUCAACUUAGCAAGGCCAUUAACUCUGCAACCCCUGAGGAGUCGUCCCUGCUGGCACGCUACUACUACCUCCGCGGCUUGGUCAAUUAUGUGGCAGGAAAACGUGUGGAUGCAUUGAUUGACUUCCAGAAUCUCCACAGGACAGAUAUGGACAUAUUCCCUCUGGAGCUGGUGAAUACUCUGGCAGACUCGCUGAGGAUAGAAGAGCGCAAAGUGGCUGAGGGGCGACCGGAACUGAAGCGCCUCAUCAGCCGGGUGAAGAAAACCUCCAGCCAGGACGACUACCCUGACGGAGGCUCAGUGAAGAAGUUUGAGCUCCCACGCACACACAUGUUUCUGGAAGACUUUGUGCGCCGUGUGCAGGAAUCGGGCAUCGUCAAAGAUCUGGGCACCAUCCAGCGCCUGUUUCACGCACUCACUGUGGGUAUGGAGUCUACAGCGAAGGUCUCAGCCCAGUCUGUUUUUUACCUUGAUUCCUCAUCAGAUGGUCAACAGAAGCAGGUGGACCCAGAAGUAUUCCGCUUUUUCUACACCAUCUGGAAGGAAACAGAGGCUGAAGCACAGGAUGUGGAUUUACCCGUGGCUGUGCUCAACCAUUUGGAAACCAAUGAACAGGUGUACAAGGUUUCUUCCUCUGUGAAGACCAGCCACGGUGUGGGCAAGAUUGCCAUGACCCAGCGCCGGCUCUUUCUGCUCACAGAGGGACACCCAGGUUAUGUAGAGGUCACCAAGUUUAGAGACCUUGAGGAAGUGAAGAUAUCCUCAGCUCCUUUACUUUUUCUGAGGAUCCCCACUUUGAAGAUCAAGACCAGCCUGAGGAGGGAGACCUUCGAGGCCAAUCUGAAAUCCGAGUGUGAUCUGUGGCACUUGAUGAUCAAGGAGCUGUGGGCAGGAAGGAAAAUGGCAGAUGAACACAAGGAUCCUCAGUACAUACAACAGGCUCUGACGAAUGCCCUGCUGAUGGAUGCUGUGGUCAGAUGCCUCCAGUCUCAGAAAGCUAUUUACGCCGCUUCUAAAUUGGCCUACUUUGACACAAUGAAACGGGAAGUACCGAUGAUGGUGCCGAAAACAACAAGUGAGACCCUGAAGCAUAAAAUCAACCCUUGUCUGGAUUUGACGUCUCCUCAAGCUGUGGAUGUCCUGCUCUAUACUCCAGGACAGCUGGGCACAGCAGCCUCGGGCGGCGGUGGUUACCCAAAGCUCUGGUGUGCUCUGAGUGAUGGGAAAGUGGUGGUGUUUGACGCAGCCAGCUGGUCCCUGCAGCAGAACUGCGUUCAAAUGGGGACCUCCCGCCUUAACUGCAUGCUGGGAGUGGACCAGCAGCAGUUGUGGAUUGGUUCUCAGGACUCGAUCAUUUAUAUAAUCAACCCAAACAGCAUGUCCUGCAACAAACAGCUGACCGAGCACCGUGCCGAGAUCACCGGCCUCGCCCUGGAAGAAAGGCCUGACAAAUACAGCCAGUUGUUGGCGUACUCCUGCAGUGCAGACGGCAUAGUGAUCGUUUGGGAUGUGGCCACGCUGCAGGCGAGACGUGACAUCAGACUGACCUGUGACAGGCUGCAGUCCAUUCAGUUCCACAGUGGAAGACUAUGGUGCUGUGCGCGGGACUGUGUGAUGGAGGUGCGGCGGAACGGUGUAGUGCAUCGUAGCAUAUCUCUUCCUGAUCACCUCAGGGGCUCACCAUGUUCCUACAGCAGCUUCAUAGUCUUUAAUGAGAGAAAUCAGAUGUGGACCGGCUACAUAGACUCGGGCGAGCUGUGUGUGUGGCACCUCGCUGACCUGGAGAAGCCCUUCUCGAGGAUCCAGCUGCCUGACUGCACCAGUGUCAUCUGUAUGAUCAGAGUCAAGAACCAGAUCUGGAUUGGAGGCCACAGUAGGAGUGGAGGGAAAUCUCGUGGAAAGAUCUACGUGGUGGACACAGAGCGCCUCCUCGUGGAGAAGGAGCUGCAGGCUCAUUCGGACACCGUUCAGACUCUGUGCUCAGCCGAGGACCGCUACAUCCUCAGCGGUGCUGCUGGCCAAGAUGGAAAGAUCGCUAUCUGGAAAGUGGAAUAGGAUGAAAGAGGGAAUUGGGUGCUUUUAUAUUAUAUGACUAAUUAUGUAAUUUUCUAUUUAUUUUAUAUAUCGACCAGAGAGUAAACUGCCAAUGACAAACAAGAGGAGAAACAGACUGAAGUAGUUUUUCUGGUAACAGGAGAUUCAUCAGUCUCAUAAAGGGCUAAGUAAACUGUAUAACCAGUUUGAUAUGAAGGAUUUGGGGGGGGGGGAUUUCCACUGCCUGCUAUGCUGGACUGUUAUCAGUUAUCAGUAUUUGACAGCCAAGAUGUCUCAAUACUCCUCCACAAAAGACCAGUAUGUCUACAGUUAUUUAUUCCAAA